GCGUGAAGUGUGCUAGACGACGGAGGACAGUAAAUGGAAACAAUUCAUCCGUCACAUUGAGCUGCUGAUCCUGGCUUCAAGAUGACAACGUUCCACAUCCUGGUGAUAAUUGGCAUUUUGCUUUACUUUCUCAUCACAAAACGGUACCGAUACUGGACGGACCGGAAGGUGCCGCAGGCUAAGCCGAAACUAUUUUUCGGAAAUGUGCAUAAUGUGAGACGUACCGUGCACCUUGGCGAGCGAUUCCAGGAACUCUACAAUGAGCUAAAGGGCAAGCAUCCGUUCGGUGGUAUCUACUUUUUCUUCAAACCCAUCGCACUGAUCACCGAUCUCGAGCUGCUCAAGAAUGUGUUUGUGAAAGACUUUCAGUACUUUCACGAUCGCGGUAAUUACUACAACGAGAAGCAUGAUCCCAUAUCCGCCCAUCUGUUCAACCUCGAAGGACAGAAGUGGCGCAAUCUGCGCAACAAAAUCUCACCAACGUUUACCUCGGGCAAGAUGAAGAUGAUGUAUCCCACCAUAGUGGCCGCAGGAGAGCAGUUACGUGAUUUUAUGCAAGAAAUGGCACGUGAUGAGGCGGAGUUUGAGUUGAAGGAUCUGUUGGCACGCUUCACGACCGAUGUGAUCGGAAUGUGCGCGUUCGGGAUCGAGUGUAACAGUAUGCGUGAUCCGGAGGCCGAGUUCCGUGUGAUGGGCCGCAAAAUCUUCCAGCGGUCGACGGGCACUUUGAGGAACCUGCUGGUCAACACCUCACCCCGGUUAGCGAGAGCAGUUGGUGUUCGUGUAUUUGAGCGUGAUGUUUCUGAUUUUUUCAUGAAAGUGGUUCGAGAGACGAUCAAGCACCGGGUGGAGAACAAUGUGGAGCGCCACGAUUUCAUGAACAUACUGAUAGGGAUGCGCAGCGAUAACGAAACCAAGUCCGAGGAUGGUAAGCUGACGUUCAACGAGAUUGCCGCUCAGGCGUUCCUGUUCUUCUUGGCCGGUUUCGACACCUCUUCGACGCUGUUGGCGUUCACUCUGUACGAGCUGGCGAUGAACCAGGAGCUGCAGGAGAAGGCUCGCCAGAGCAUCCAGGAGGUACUGAAACGCCACGAUGGACAGCUCACCUACGAGGCAAUCAUGGAGAUGCACUACAUGGAAAAAGUUAUGAAAGAGACGCUUCGCAAGUAUCCCCCGAUAGUGGUUCAUUUCCGGCUGGCUGCGAAGGAUUAUCAGGUUCCGGACACGGACACUGUCAUCUCUGCUGGUACCUCGGUGAUGGUACCAGUGUAUGCCAUCCACCAUGAUCCAGAAUAUUUCCCCGAUCCCGAACGCUAUGAUCCGGAGCGAUUCACACCGGAAGAGGAAGCGAAGCGUCAUCCCUAUGCGUGGACACCGUUCGGCGAGGGCCCUAGAAUGUGUGUCGGUUUGCGAUUCGGUCUGAUGCAGGCAAGAGUUGGCUUGAUACUGCUGCUUAACGGCUUCCGAUUUACGGCCUGCAAGAAAACUGUUUACCCCGUGAAGCUGGACCCGGAAAGCGUUAUCCUCACACUCGAUGGUGGUAUGUGGUUGAAGGUGGAAAAGCUCAAGUGACGGUUCGAUGCACAAAAAAUAACGAUGUGAACGCUAGAAGCUCUUUAUUCGUUGCCAUUCUUUAUCAAUUUAAUUGGCUUCAUGCCUUUGAAAUGUCCUCGAUAGCCGUGACUGUGGCCAGUGUAGUUGGUAAUGGAACAGAAUACCUAUCAUAAUAGGAGGACUUAGUUAAGGUUCAAAAAUGUUGCUGAAAAGUGGCUCAAAACUUACGGUGGUAGCAUUAACUGCAGUACAGUUUUGAAGAUGACCUUGAACAGGCAAACCAAUAGUGAGAAUCAUUAUAACGGUCCAAACCGCACACAGAACGAAGAACAAUCUGGCCAUCUCGUCGUGUUGUUAAUGUUUAGAGUUCGUUUUGGAAAUGCCCACACAUCGAGUUCGAGUUGCUUUAUAUUACACCAACGAAAGAGCCCCUCAAUUGUCACGCAAUUGUUUUGCAAAAGAAACCCUACAACUCAAACACUGACCAUCGUUAACAACUUAAAAAGACAUGAUUGUUCAGUUCGCAAAAAACCCCUUUACAUGUUUCGAUAUUUUUUGUGUGUGGUAAGCUAACAUUUACUUUACGCUUGAAAUGAAUUGACCGUCCCUCGUGGGUAUUUGGUCGCGCU